AGCUGGGCGGAACUGCUCGAUUCCACACGAGUACGGCACGGUCAGCCCAUAAACGGGUCAGCUGUUGCUUGGCAUCUCUUCUCGCUGGUGCUGACUUGCCUCACGUGCAAUUUCGCGGCCGCGCUGGAGAUCUAAGGGCCGCAUUAGGCACAGAUCGCCUGAACCUCUUCAAAUCGUCGCCUAGCCUGCCGACGCCGCUAGUUUCGGACGCGCCGACCACUGGCCCAGCGAGCUGACGGCCUAUCCAACGGCUUGAGCGCAGCGCCGUGCACAAAAACUGUAAAUAACGCGGCGAUUCGCCCGCCAUCUGCCAGCACCUAGGGACAGAACAUCGGCUAUGAGCGCCGUCUUCGGCCUCUACUGCGACGUCGGCGACGCCAUGGCCCCGUCGGCGCUCUCGCCGACGCAGACGAACCUUGACGAGCUCCCGUCGCCUUCGGAAACCGCGCCAAGCGUGCCGCCGCGGCUCCACCUCGCGGGUUCAUUGUGCGAGUCGUCGACCGAGGACCUCCACGCUCUCUUAGAUCCGCACGAGCGCCGGAUCCGGGCGGCCUGGCUCGGGGCGCGGCGGAAGGCGCGGCAGCUGCGUGGUCUGAAGGGGAGUUCACGACCUCCAUCACUCAAAGAUUUAGGAAGAUCGCCCGGGGAUCAGUUCGAGCUCGAGCCCGAGCCGCCGUCGCCUCUGCUCGAGGAGAAGAGCGCGUCUUGUCCUCCUCAUCGUUCUAUUCUCAAGAAGCGGUCCGAGAGCCGCGAGGACCCUUUGUCCUACUGGUCGCCCGACGGCGUUGAAAGUACGCCUCCGGGUCGGUUGGAGCUCGCGAGAGGCGACGAGCCGCUCCGCUCGUCGCGCUCGGCCGACGCGGUCGUCGGAGUUUGGGCAAAGCGGUCCGCACCAAUUGUGCCACCGCCGCCGGAGCCCACGCGGUGCGCCUGGUCCCACUGGGUCUGCUGCAGCGCGUCGCCGGACGGCGAGCGCGGCGGCUGACCUUAUUGCACAUUCUGCACAAUUCCGCACGCUCGCUGCGGUAGGUAAUCUUAAUAAAUAGCUAUUUAUACAAG